AAACCUCAGUGUUUGUGUGAUCUGAAAAAAAAAGCUGAUGUGUAUUUUUUAUGAACUCUCUUUGGAUCGUUGACCCUCCCUGAUUCGUGUCCCACAUCGUCUGUAAACUUUAAGUCUUCAUUGAUCUGCCGCUGCGUGUUUUCUCCUCCAGCUUUACUCGAACUCUGAACAUCUGGGAUGUCCUCUGGUAUUUCCGACGGCAGCGGCACCAACAACUCCUUCGCUCUGAAACAAUUGAAUAGAAGGAAGCGCUGCUCGCUGACUUUUUCCUCCCACAGAGACACACUUCCCUUCAGCCCUUCAGUCGAGCUCGAGUGAGGCUGGAGGACGCAGGAGGAACAUGGAGGUCCCGCUCCUGCUUUUCUUUCUGCUCUGGAGAUCCAGCUGUGUGCACACAUCUCCAAGCUCCUCCAUCUAUUCUUCAUCUACACCGCCAGACCUCAAUGACCCCGCCCACACUGUCAGGAGUCCUCAAAACACUGUGAUGGACAAUCUGUUAUCUAAUACAGAACCGACCCAGAGAAACGCCUCCAACAUCCACAGUUCAACCACUGAUGGAGCUUCACCACCCAUGAACAUCACCAAACAUCUACCUGCACAUUUAGAUCCAGAUGCUUCCCCACCAGUCACUCACCUGUCCGAUUUAAAUGGCUCAUCUGGCACAGCUGCGUCUAGCACUGACCAAUCAGAUGCAUCGGAGAGCUCAUCACUUAGAGGUGACCACCUGUUCAGGUCUGAGGCUGCCACGGCAUCGUAUGGCUCAUCAUCUUCUGUGACUGGAAACCAGUCCGAGUCGACCGGAGGUGGAGGCGUGACGCUGGGUUCCUCACAGGUGAGCACACGUGGAGCAACAGACAUCACACCUGAGGUCUCUUCUGCAGGUGGAUCUACACACCAAACAUCUGGAACACAUUCAGACAGCACCGCCUCAGCUCCACCCACCACCGCUUCUCCACCAUCUGCAUCCAGCACAGGCACACAUUCAUCAGUCAGGACCCACAGCCAGACGCCGCCCACAGACACAGGCUCCACCCUUCAUCCAAAUACCUCGGACAGUCUGACUGAAGGAGCAACACUAACAGGUGAGGAGGUGUCUGCAAGCAGCGCCUCAGCUCCAUCAGGCCCACUGAGUCCAACAAACGCCAGCACCACAGCGGCUGUAACUACACCCUCUACAAGCAGCAUAACAGUCCCUGUUGCAUCUACAACCAUCAAAACCACACCUCCUACAACUGCCAGUACCAUCACACCCACCACAGCCACAGAGACUGCAGCCACGGCAUCCAUAACAACCCCCACAACAACACCAGCAACCACACCCACAACCAUCACAUCUCCAGCUACAAUGACCACCAUGACAUCCAUCAUUAAAACCACCACCCGUACCGCCACACCCGCGUCAACUGCAGAAACCACAUCCACAACCAUCACACCACCUCCAGCCACAAUCACCAAAACCACGCUGUCCACUGCUCCCAGUACCAGUUCCCCCGCUACAGCUGCAGAUACUACAACCAUCAGAAGCGUCAUAACAACCUCCGGUACAACUACCCCACCUACAUCUGCCACAGCAGCUCCCACUACAACUACCCCACCUACAUCUGCCACAGCAGCUCCCACUACAACUACCCCACCUACAUCUGCCACAGCAGCUCCCACUACAACCACCCCACCUACAUCUGCCACAGCAGCUCCCGCUACAACUACCCCACCUACAUCUGCCACAGCAGCUCCCGCUACAACUACCCCACCUACAUCUGCCACAGCAGCUCCCACUACAACCACUCCACCUACAUCUGCCACAGCAGCUCCCACUACAACCACUCCACCUACAUCUGCCACAGCAGCUCCCACUACAACCACUCCACCUACAUCUGCCACAGCAGCUCCCACUACAACCACUCCACCUACAUCUGCCACAGCAGCUCCCACUACAACCACUCCACCUACAUCUGCCACAGCAGCUCCCACUACAACCACUCCACCUACAUCUGCCACAGCAGCUCCCACUACAACCACUCCACCUACAUCUGCCACAGCAGCUCCCACUACAACUACCCCACCUACAGCUGCCACAGCAGCUCCCACUACAACUACCCCACCUACAGCUGCCACAGCAGCUCCCGCUACAACCACCCCACCUACAUCUGCCACAGCAGCUCCCGCUACAACCACCCCACCUACAUUGGCCACAGCAGCUCCCGCUACAACCACCCCACCUACAUCUGCCACAGCAGCUCCCGCUAUAACUACUCCACCUACAUCUGCCACAGCAGCUCCCGCUACAACUACCCCACCUACAUCUGCCACAGCAGCUCCCGCUACAACCACCCCACCUACAGCUGCCACAGCAGCUCCCGCUACAACCACCCCACCUACAGCUGCCACAGCAGCUCCUUUUAUAACCACCCAAACCACACCGACCACAACUGGCAGUACUCCGACCCCUGCAGCAACAGCCACAACUCCUCCAGCAACAACCAUGCUUCAAACCACCACGACCAAGCUCACCUCCACCACACCUGUCCAGACCUCCGAGAGUCCCCUGUGCUCCGCAGACCUGAAGCAGACCAGCUCCAGCUCGGACUUCGUUGUGGUGAAGGUAACCUCGGCCAGUCUGUCCUGUAACUUUAGCCUGUUCAUCGGGCCAGAAGUACAGGCUAAAGUUACAGGCCACUGUGAGCCUGAUGGAGAGACCAGCAGCAACACCAUCUGUAAUAUAACUGGGCUCCAACCUGGGACUCUGUACCAGCUGACAGCGAUUUCCAGGAAGGAUGGAAAGAGGAGCCACGGGGCAGUGCAAACAGACCCAGUCGGCCCAGCUCAUUUGGACGUCCAGCUGGGCCAGGGUCAGGCUAUUUAUAAGAGUCUGUCUGCGGUUAUGAGGGUGUCCUGGCCUCCCUCUGCUGGCCAUGUGGACUGGUACAAUGUGACUCUGGAGGACAUGAGCAGCGGAUCCCAGCAGAGCACCAGAAUCAUGGGCUCUGCAGCCCCCCAGGCUGAAUUUAACUCCCUGAUCCCCGGGACGCUGUACAAAGUCAGUGUGGUGGCUUCAGCUGGGAACAGGAGCGCCACACCUGUCCACACAAUGACAACUACAGCUCCCUCCCCAGUGGACGGCCUACAGGUGGCUUCCUUAUCCUCGCACAGCCUCAGUGUGUCCUGGCGGAUCAGCUCGGGCCGGGUGGAGAAAUUCAGGGUUCUGCUGAUGGAUCAGGACAGGCUUCUGCUGAAGAACAUCACUCUGAAGAACAGCAGCACCUCAGUGGAGCUGGAAGGCUUGCAGCCUGGGACCCGCUACACCAUCACAGUGGUAACAGAGGCGGUCGGCCUGCAGAGCGCCGCCUCCACAGAGGCUGUAACAGUCCCAGCAGCUGUGACAGAUCUGCUCCUCGAAAACAACAAUAGCUCAGACAGUCUGCGGGCCUCCUGGCACCCACCUGAAGGAGGAGUGGAGUCCUACUUAGUGACCCUGAGAGCUCUGGGAUCUGCCCCCCAGCAGCACCACCUUCCCCCCAACAUUACCCAGAGGGUGUUUGAUGGUCUGACCCCCGGACGGAGCUACGAGGUGUCAGUCAGCUCCUCAGCAGGAGGUCAGAGCACCGAGAGCAGGAGCACGGGGAGGACAGUGCCUGACCAGGUGUCGGCGCUCUCCAUGUCAGGUGAUGCUCGAACACUGCGGCUCAGCUGGUCGCCUCCCAGAGGAGACUGGGAGAACUACAACGUCCUCCUGAGGAACGGCUCGGCGGUUCUGGCGAACGACACCGUCGGUAGGGAGAGCAGACAGCACACCUUCUCCGUCCUCGGCCUGGUCCCGGGACGACUCUACAGCGCAGAGGUCACAGUUCACAGCGGCAUGCUGGGUAACGCGGCGCGCUGCAGCGUGCGGCUGGCGCCGCGGCCCGUGCAGCAGCUGCUCGUCCGUCAGGCUGAUGAAACGUCGCUGAGCGUCCUGUGGACUCGGCCGCUCGGACAGUGGGAUGGCUUCACGGUGGUCCUUCGGCGGGCAACCGCCGCCGCUGUCGUAGCUCAGAGGGUCCUCAGCUGGGAGGCCAAAGGGUACACUUUCAACAGCCUCACACCUGGAGGCCGGUACAUUGUUACCGUGACAACCAACAGUGGGAACCUGAGCAGCUCCGCUUCUGUGACAGCACGGACCACUCCGGCUCAGGUCAGCGGGCUGCAGCUCUCCAACCUCGGAAGCACCGACAGCCUGCAGGCGCGGUGGGAACCAGCCUCCGGACAUCUGGACUCCUACCAGGUCCUGCUGGUCUACGACAGCAGUGUCAUCAAGAACGAGAGCGUGAUGGCCAAUACCAGCAGUGUCAACUUCCAGGCUCUAAGACCAGGAGCUCUGUACCGGGUGGUGGUUACCACAGUCAGAGCCGGACACGUGUCCAGACAGAUGGUGGCUGAGGGACGCACCGUGCCGGCUGCGGUGAGUGAUGUCAGGGUCAGUAACAACGGACGCACGGACUUCCUCAGUGUGUCAUGGAGUCAGGCUGCAGGUGAGGUGGACAGUUACCUGGUGACCUUGAGUGACCGGGAGAGGACCCUUCACACUCUCGCCGUGUCCAAGUCGAGCCCCGCAUGCGUCUUCAACUCACUGGUGUCCGGACGCCUCUACAACAUCUCCAUCACCACCUCCAGCGGCCCCUACCAAAACCACACCUUCAUCCAGGAGAGAACCCAGCCAUCGAAGGUCCAGAGCCCCACAGCGACCCACAAUGCCUCGGACGACUACCUGAAGGUGUACUGGCGUCACGCUGCCGGAGACUUCGACCUGUACCAGGUGUUCAUCAAACACAGCAACGUGUUCCUGCAGAACAAGACGGUGCCGAAGACGGAGCACACGUGUGUGUUCACCAGCCUGGUGCCCGGCAGGCUCUAUACGGUGCUGGUGACCACGUGGAGCGGGAAAUACGAAGCUAUCGCCUCCACCCACGGCAGCACAUUCCCGGCGGCAGUGCGUUCCCUUACUCUGGCUGGGCGGGGCACCGAGGACCUGCGGGUGACGUGGUCGGCAGCUCCGGGUGACGUGGAUCACUACGAGGUGCAGCUGCUGUUCAGCGACAUGAAGGUGUUUCCUCCCAUCACUCUGGGCAGCGGCGUGAGGGAGUACGUCCUGUCGUCGCUCAUGCCUGGACGGCGCUACAAGAUCAUAGUUUCUACCUACAGCGGGACCAAUCAGAAGGCCCAGUUCAUAGAGGGACGCACAGUUCCCAGUAAAGUGAAGAACAUCCACGUCAGCAACAGUGGAGACAGCAGCAGUCUGAAGGUGAGCUGGACUCCCGGUCCAGGCGACGUGGACGGAUUCUCCGUGUUUCUGUACAGAGAGAGCCGACAGCUGAGCGUCCGAAACGUCCUCAAACACCAGAACGAGGUGACGUUCGGCUCCCUGCAGCCGGGCCAGAUGUACACCAUCAUGGUUCAGUCUAUGAGCGGAGAGCUGCUGAACAACAACACUGUCACAGGGCGCACAGUCCCCUCUGCAGUGACGGGGCUCCAGGUGGACUCCCUCCACUCCACCUGUAGUCUCCAGGUGAGCUGGCAGGAGGCUCUGGGCGUGGCUGAUGGAUAUGUCCUGCAAGUUCUGGAUGAAAGAGGCAGUCUGUUGAGAAACGCCUCUCGGCCCUUUGGACACACCCAGCACCAGUUUGACGGCCUCAUCCCAGGAAAGAAGUAUCGAGUCCUGGUCCAGACUACCAGCGGCGGGGUCCACAGCGUUGGUGUCAUCGCUGAGGCUCGGACAAACCCGGCCGUGGUCACCAGUCUGACCGUCUCGGCAAACACCACCACCAGCCUGUCCUUCCAUUGGUCUCCACCAGAGGGAGACUUUCAGCUGUAUGAAGUUUUUCUGUAUGAUGGUGACGACCGGCUCCAGGAGAAAAAGCGAGUCCAGUCCAACAGUCAGCAAUACUCCUUCCAGGGUCUCAGACCUGGAGCUCCUUACAAGAUGUUGAUCCGGAUCCACAGCGGAGACCAGACCAACCCGACCUCCAUUGGUGCCAGGACAGUUCCGGCAGUCGUGGCGUUCCUGAAGGCUCAGAGUGGAAACCAGUCUGACUCUCUGUGGGUGAACUGGGAGCGUGGCGAUGGCGAUCUGAGUGGAUAUCAGCUGUAUCUCUACAACCCCAACGGCUCUCAGCAGGCCGUACAUCAGGUGGGCUCAGAAGCCACGGAGUUCGUCUUCUCGGGCCUCGUACCGGGUCGCCUGUACCGAGCCGAGGUGCUGAGCCAGAGCGGCGAGCUCAGCAACAGGGCGAGCACGCUGGGCCGGACAGCUCCCAAACCACCAGCCUCCAUGUUGUUCAGGGGGGUGACCAACACCUCCCUGGAGAUCACAUGGAGUGGCCCCGUGGAUUCCGACUACGACGACUUUGACCUGCAGUGGACUCCUCGGGACCGACUGUCCAUCAUCAAUCCGUACCACAGCCGGACCUCCGGCAGCCGCAUCCUCAGGGGGAUGUUCCCCGGACGACGCUAUAACUUCAGCCUCCGCACCGUCAGUGGGGCCACAGAGUCCGGGGCCACGCCCACCUACAGCACAGCCAUCCACAACAGCAUCCGCACCAAGCCAGAGAGAGUCCACAGCCUCCACUGCCGCCCUCAGAGUUCCACCUCCAUCUCUUGCUCCUGGGCAACCCCACAGACUGACUACGACUCCUAUACCAUCGAGUGUCUCCACAAGGACUCCCACACCCUGAUCUACUCCAGACUUAUCGGACGGGACUCCACCAGCUACAUCAUCACCCAGCUGGAGCCUCACAAACACUACACGGUCUCUGUGAAGGUCAUCUCUUAUGGGACGACCAGUGAGGAGGCUCAGGACAAUGUGGUCACCAUGAUCGACCGUCCUCCCAUGCCUCCCACCAGCACCCGGAUCAGUGAGCAGUCUGCUGUGGUCACCAAGUCCUCCAUCUCUUUCCAGUUUAACUGCAGCUGGUUCAGUGACGUCAAUGGAGCUGUCAAGUACUUCACCGUGGUGGUGACCGAGUCCAAAGGUGUUGGCACCAUCCAGCCGGAGCAGCAGCACCCGCUGCCCUCCUACCUGGACUACACCUCCAACAGCUCCAUCAGGUCCUACCAGACCAGCUACUUCCCCAGCUCGUGCACUGAGAGCCCUGACAGCACCACCCACAGCUUUAACAUCAGUUUGGGGAGUGGGAUGGACUUGCUAGGGGGUGCCUGUGAUUCCAGAAGUUUACACAGGGACCCAGAGUCCAGAGGAGACCUGAACCACUUCUGCGAUGGACCCCUGAAGCCAAAGACUACCUACAGGAUCAGCGUCCGAGCGUUCACUCAACUGUUCGAUGACGAUGAUGCGAAGGACUCGAGCGUCUCGUCUCCUCUGUUUACUGACACCUACCUGUCGCAGCCCAUCGUCACUGAGGCCGAGCCUCUGAGUGGCGUCAUUGAAGGAGUGAGUGCUGGACUCUUCCUCAUUGCUGUGAUUGUGGGAAUCACCGCUCUGUUUGUCUGCAGGCACAGAGCUCGCAAAGUGGAGGAGGAGAGGCCCGAGGUCAGGAUAAAUAUGAGGCGCGAGAGAGCAGCAGCUGCAGGGAACCAGCUGGGGGUCAGAGGCAGCCGUCGGAUCUCCAGUCCCAUUAAAAUCGUCAACUUUGAGCCUCACUACAGCAAACUGCAGGCUGACUCCAACUACCUGCUGUCAGAGGAGUACGAGGAUCUGAAGGACGUUGGUCGUAAUCAGCCUCUGGACUCAGCUCUGCUGCCGGAGAACCGUGGGAAGAACCGAUACAAUAACAUCCUGGCCUACGACUCAACGAGGGUCAAGCUGUCCUACAUCGAUGACGACCCCUGCUCCGAUUACAUCAAUGCCAGCUACAUCCCAGGUAAUAACUUCCGGCGGGAGUACAUCGCCACACAGGGUCCCCUGCCAGGAACUAAGGAUGACUUCUGGAAGAUGGUUUGGGAGCAGAACGUACACAAUGUGGUGAUGGUCACCCAGUGUGUGGAGAAAGGAAGGGUGAAAUGCGAUCACUACUGGCCGUUCGAUCAGGAUCCUCUGUACUACGGAGACCUGAUCGUACAGAUGCUGUCAGAGUCGGUUCUGCCCGAGUGGACGAUCCGAGAGUUCAGCAUCUACAGCGAGGAGCAGCUCGGCUUCAGCCGCCUGGUUCGUCAGUUUCACUACACGGUGUGGCCGGACCAUGGCGUCCCAGAGACCACUCAGUCCCUCAUCCAGUUUGUCCGAACUGUCCGGGACUACGUCAACAGGACUCCAGGAUCUGGACCCACUGUAGUCCACUGCAGUGCUGGCGUGGGCCGGACGGGGACUUUCAUCGUCCUGGAUCGAGUGCUGCAGCAGAUGGACGCCAAAGACACGGUGGAUAUCUACGGUGCCGUGUUUGACCUGCGACUCCACCGAUCACACAUGGUGCAGACUGAGGUGCAGUACGCAUACCUGCAUCAGUGCGUCAGAGAUGUCCUCAGAGCCAGGAAGCUACGCAGCGAGCAGGAGGGCAUGCUCCGGAUGUGAGCCAACGCUGACCCUGACCAUAACGAUUGUACUGACAGCUGAGCCGUUGCCGAGCUCUCCAGAGAAACGUGUCCAUUUAUUUUUCUACAGUGUUCAUAUGUCACAGAGAAAUGUUUAUAACUUUAAUUUGUUCUAAUUUAUGUUCAGCUGUGUGAUUCUGUCUGUAUAGAUUAUCUAUAGAUUAUCUGUUUUAUUAUCUCCUGUGUGUUUGAUCUGCUGGCAUGUCAGCUCAAGUUUCUUCAGGUAGCGUUUCUGUCGUCCUGCUGUUAUCUCUGUCAUGGAUCACAUGAUGGUUACCUGUACUCGUACCUGUACUCUUCUGUAUGUGAGCAGCUUAUUAAACACACAGCACAAAAAUAACAAA